AUGACGAUCCGAUCAGACAAUGAUGAGACCAUGAAGCUACACUACACUCUAAGGGGACCAGGAGCCGACCAGCCACCUGUUGGUUACUUUGUAGUAGACACAUACACAGGACUGGUUCACAUUAUACGGCCCCUGGAUCGUGAGGAGAGACAAUACUACACUCUUAUUGGCACUGCAUGGUAUUCUAACAAAACCAUAGCGGAAGAUAAUAUUAAAAUCAACGUUGUUGUGGAGGACCAGAAUGAUAACUCACCAGUUUUUAUCAAGCCAGAACGAAGCAGCAUUUAUGAGGGGAGACCAGUUGGUACCUUCAUAACACAAGUUGUGGCCAAAGAUGCAGAUGAGCUGGACACUCCUCACACUAAGAUAGUGUACAGCUUGAUCAAGCAAGAGCCAAAUGAUGGCACGCUUUUCUUUGCUGUUGACAAAGACAAUGGAACAAUCUAUGUGAAGAGCUCAACACUUGACAGAGAGGAACACAGUUCUUUCGUUCUUACGCUGCAAGCUGCUGACAUGUAUGGAAGCCCUGAAGGAAAUUCUGCUACAGCCACUGUAUUUAUAGAUAUCCUGGAUGUCAAUGACAAUAUUCCUACUUUGGAAAAGGAUGAGUUUUCAGCCAGUAUUGAGGAAAAUGAGGCACCUGUUGAGGUUUUGAGGAUCCAGGCUCUGGAUAAUGAUGAAGAGAGGACAGACAAUUGGUUGGCCGAGUUUGAAAUAGUCUCGGGGAACGAGGAUGGACGUUUUUCUAUUGAAACUGAUCCAAAGACAAAUAUUGGUGUUUUGUACCUGAACAAGCCUGUAGACUUUGAGUCAGUAUCUUAUAUGAACCUGAAUCUAGUUGUUGCAAACAAAGCUCUUCCAGGAGCACCAGGUGCAGCUGGAGCUUCUGGAGCAGGUGGUCAACAUGUGUUUUUUGGAGGAAGCUCCAGUGUCCCCGAGCAAAAGAAAUACUUAGUUAAGAUCAGUGUCAAAAACAAACCAGAAAGCCCAAAGUUCCGUCCGAAGAUCAAGCCUAUAUCUGUAUCUGAGAACCCCCUAAAUAUUUUUCCAAGGGUAAUUGACACCUACACUUCUACAGAAGAAGACACAGGCAAAACAGCAGAAAAAGUCAAAUAUGCAAAAGGAUAUGACCCUGACAACUGGAUUUCUAUUGACAUGGAUACGGCUGAGAUCAAAUUGAACAAGGUACCAGAUCGUGAGUCUCCAUUUGUGAUAAAUGGGACCUACUAUGCCAAGAUCCUCUGCAUUACAGAUGAACUGCACUCUCAGACGUCUACAGGGACUAUAGCUUUGCAGGUGGAAGACCUGAAUGAUAACUGCCCCAAACUCCUUGAUAAUGUGCAGAUCGUCUGCAGUGAUGCCAGCAUGGUCAGUGUCACAGCAGAAGAUGGAGAUUCAGAUCCCAACGGAGCUCCACUAGAGUUCAGAUUGAUUCAAGAGAAGACAAAGGGCAAAUGGAACCUGCAGCAAAUAAAUGAUGUAAGUGCUUCACUGCUCGCUGAAGAUGACUUAUGGCCUGGUUUUUAUGAAGUUACCAUGGAGAUCAGAGACAAGCAAGGACUGGUCUGCCCCGAUGAGCAAGUCCUCCGUUUAGAGGUUUGCACUUGCUCUGAAGGAAUGUUUUGUGGUUCAAAAGUGGCGGCUAUACACACUACAUCAGCCAGUUUUGGAGCAGCAGGAAUCAGUUUCCUAAUUCUAGGAUUCCUCUGUCUGAUCUUGGUCCCCAUGGCCAUCAUAAAAUGUGAAUUUGGGAAUCAUUUUACUGAAAUGCCAAUUGAAACCAAGCAAUAUCUUAUCUCCUAUUGCACAGAAGGAAAAGCAACAGAGAUAGAUAUUCCUCAGAUGAAAAUCCCACCAAAACUCUACAAUGAAGGUCUCAAUAAAAUACAAUUAUUCCAAGAACCUUUAAGAAUGGUGGAAGCAAACUCUAAUAUCCCAGCAGAUGAAAUUCAGGUCCCCUUGUCAAACCAUGCUGUAAAUAACAAUUAUAACAUUAUGCAGAUGAGUGCAUUUGGAGGCUUUUACAACGACAUGAACAUGGUAAACUCUGCAAGGUGGCAAGAAGAACAAAUCUCGCUUGAUGCAUUCCUAAAAAAAUACCUUGAACAUAAAAGCCAUGCAAUGGAGGAUGGAUAUGCUAAGAACGAGUCUAAGGCAUAUGACUAUGAAGGGAAGGGCUCUCCUGUGGGCUCUGUGGGCUGCUGCAGCAUCCUCGAAGAUAACAAUGACCUAGAGUUUCUCAAUGACCUCGGGCCCAAGUUCACUACUCUCGCUGAAAUAUGUGGAGGUAAAAAGAGCGAGGUCCCUGCUCCUCUUCCUCUUCCUCUUCCUCCCAAACCCACGGGGGGCCGUACCGAGGUGGUGUCUUCAUCAACCAACGUUAUAAAUCCUGUGAAUAUUACCAUUAACAGAGCUUUAUUUUUAAACGCACUGAAUGUAGCUUCCAACACGGCUACGACAUCAUCUACCCGUGUGGAGAACGUCAUGGUCACGGACAGCCGACCCACAGUGUUUACAAGUGUCCAACCGGCUCAAACGCUCCUGGUGCAACCGCAGCCAAUGUACUACAUGGUGGAGCCGCAGCCCAGCACAGCACUGCUCGCUGAAAGGCCCGCCGUGGGACAGAACAUGUACGUGCUGAACAGCGGCCCGGUAGCCGAGGGGGUUGUAGUCCAGGGCGCCAACAUAGCUACGAAUACCCUGACCCGCGGCGAGAGAAUGGUGCUUGUGGACGGGGGGGCACCUGCUCAGGCUGGGAUGCUGCACACAGGUAAUAUGUCCGGGUCACAAAUGUUCCUGGUGGAUGGGGGAGCCACGAGCGGUCAAGUCCUUCAGGGGACGCUUCGGAGAGGGGUUGCUGGAUCUCAGGGCCUGCUAGUCAUGGAAGGACAAGGGGGUCAGGUGAUUCAGGGGUCCCUCAAAAAAGGUGUUUCCACUCAGGGUGGAUCUCAAAAUGUCCUUUAUAUGGACAGCGAAGGGGGAUCAGGUGGGGGGGUUCAAAGGGGGAUGAUGUCCACAGGGUCGGUCAGUAGCAUCGGAUUAGGUGGGUCAUCUGUCCAGAUUAACCAAAACCCAUCGUCACAUAAAGUCGUUGUUCAGGAGAGAAAGGUUGUGACAACACAAAGUGUCAAGUAAUAAUAUAACACUCAUUCAGUACUUGUCUUCAGAGCUCAUGCGUGCAAAUCAUUAGAGUUUCAUGCUGUUACCAUGUUAGGUUACAUAGAAUAUGCAAAU